AUGAAAUUAAAAGAUUUAAAUGAUUUAAUUAUAUUUGAUGCUUUUCCUUUAACUUAUGAUCCCAAACAAAAGAUUAUUUUGACGCAUUUACUGCAUUUGGAAGAGCAAACUUUACCGCAGAAGCUUUGCACCAUUUAUACUACACGAAAUUUGGCGGAAAAAUUUAAGAAAUAUUGUGAAAUCACCAACUAUAAAGGUCUCUUUACAGAUAAUUUUUGCUAUUUGGAACCUUACAAUUUCACAGAUAUAAUUAUUGAAAAACGACAUACACUGCAAAUGUUCACAUGUGAAUCUCAAGAUGCGGAUCAUAAUUUAAUGAUUUUAAUCAGAGAAAAUGGCAAACUGAACUAUAUAUAUGCAGGCAAUUUCUUGGAUACGCGUACAGCUUUGUUAAAUGAUGAUUUUGCUAAGUGGAUUAGUCAAGGUGUGGAAAAACUAUAUGUCAAUUUAAAACAUGUACCUGAUGACCAACUUUACACAUCGGUACAAAAAUUGCCAUUGCUAGCUCAGUGUUUAAAGGAGAUUGAUACCAUUGUGGAAUAUCAUGAGGGAAGGACUUUUGCCAUAUAUUUAAAUUUAUUCGGUUACGAAAACUUUAUUUAUAAGCUAUCCAAUCGAUUUCCUAAACGUGUGGCGUUGCUUUCUAAUUUAUCAAUAUUCAACGAUUAUUCCGAAAAAAGAGAUGACAAGUUGUUAGAAAAGCUAGACGUUGGUCGCAUAUUUGUUACGGACGGAGUAAUUUCUGAGGAAAAAGCGAAAGAAAAUUUUGAAAAACACGGGAAUAUUUCCAUUAACGUAAUAGCAGACACCGCCUCUUGUUUGCCUAUUGGUUUAAACAAAGGUAACCAUUUUUAUAGAUUGUGUUAUUCCCCAGAGCCCGAAACAUAUGACUUGCAGUUAUUGGUUUGUUUGUGCAAACCAAAACGUAUUUACGGAAUUAUCGACCGCUUCAAUAUGAAAAGUAAGCCACCAAAACAUUUGAUAGAAUACUGUAAAGGAAUACCUCAAUUGGCAAGAAAACCGCAGCAGCAACAGCAGCCAGAUGCAAAGCUAGAAAAUAAACCUGCUUUGCCUGUUAUUUUAGGUCCCAUUAGUUAUAAUCAAAAUCAACAAGGAGCGCAUCGAGGACCAUUUUUAGAUGAUUGCGAAAGCGAUGAAGACAAUUCGUAAGACAAGAAAAGGAACGAAAAAAAAUGGCAAGGACUAAUUGAGGCUGGAUAGCUACGGCCUCAUUAACAGGAAGAAAAUCAUUCAGU